CUGACAGUAACAUUUACCAGUGAACUUAAUCACAGUAGUCAGUAAAUCAGUAAGGUGUAAGCUAUAACCUACGAAUUUUAACCUUAUUAAUAUUAAUAAGGAAAAUAUAUAGCUGCAUUCUUAAACCGUCGAUGUUUGUUGUGCAUUGCGCCAACACAAAGUGUCACUGUCGCACUACUGCUAGCACCAGUACUGUGGUUCGCGGACAGUAAUACCAGGGUUCUCCCAAGGAAUCGCACAAUGGCAGAGCCAAACGACUUUAGCAGUGGAGUAACUGAGAAGGAAAAAGAGCUCGCAGCAGAUGGUGCUCAGGAGUUUGAAAGUAGAAGCUACAUAUCCUGUGUCAACGUCCUCGAUGACAUCAUCACGUCACGUUCUAAUGACCCAAAAGUACUGCACAACAGGGCUGUGGCAGAGUUCUACAGAUCAGAAUUCAAUAAGACAGACGAGUUUAAGCAGGACCUCAGCCUUGUCUGCAAAAAGGCCGGCGUGAGCCUGAAGAACAUAGACACAUUAGAGGAUGUUGACCACUGCAUCAUCUUCUACAACUAUGCCACCAUUCUACACAAUCUCCGGCAGUACAGGGCAGCGAUCACCGUCUUGGAAAAGGUCUUUCACUUCCUUGAGCCAUUGGAUGAGAAGUUGAAAAGGAAAGUAUGCUUCCUGCUCAUUGAGCUCUACUUGUGCACCCACCAGCCGGGAAAGGCCCUCAAUAUGAUCGCCUUCACGGAGAAGAUGCUGUUUGACAGCAAGAUGGAGAAGGAGAGCAGAGAAGAGCGGCCGCUGUCCAGCGCAACAGCGAACGAGAUCCACAAGCCACGAAUCCAACAGUACAAGGUGCGCUGUUACCUACAACUAAAGUCUGUGAAGGCGUGCAAGAAGGAGCUGAAAACACUCACGAACAUGACGCAGGCCAGCAACGGACCGGAGAUGUACCUGUUUGGUGGGCCGACCGACUCGACCGUGUACCUGAAGGCGCAGUUCGAGUACAUGAAGCACAACCACCGCAACGCGAUGAAGAUCCUGAGCGGUGCGCCGGGUACGUCGCCGUCGUUCCUCGACGGCGGGCAGUGCGUGCCGGCGAUGUACUACAGCAACCUCGGCUGCAUCCACUUCCACAUGCACAAGCACAACCUCGGCCUCUUCUACUUCCAGAAGUCGCUCGAGGAGAUGGACGCGAGCAUCCGCACGAUCCCGCAGCGAGAGACCGGCCAGUCGCUAUCGGGGCGCCCCCUACAGACGCUGACGGGAAGCCGACGCUACGAGCUGCUGCAUAACAUCGGUCUGCAGCUGCUCUUCUGCGGCAAGCCACUGCAGGCGUUCGACUGUCUCAUCGAAGUCGUACAGAUGCACCACAACAACCCGCGGCUGUGGCUCAGGCUGGCCGAGUGCUGCAUCCACACUCACAGACCGAACAACGAGCAUCUCUUCAAGACAAAGCUGCAUGCUCAGGACUUGGUGCGGGGCAUUGCGGGGCAGGGUUCUCAUCGCAAACUCAUACUCAAACCCAUGGACAUCAACAAACGCACACAGAGGUCGGAGGGCCCGUCGUCUGCGAUCCCCAACGCGACGAUGGAGUUUGCCGUGCUCUGCCUGAAGAACGCGCUCAUGCUGCUGCCACCGGUGAAGAACAUGGCCGAGCGGAAACGACGCAGCAGCGAGGAAGAACAGGAGGAGCGAACUGCUGACCAGUCGUCGUCCGACACGCAUCUACCGGCGCCACCUGGUAGCCCUUUGAAUGCGUGCGAAUUAGAAAACCUUAGGUGUUCUGUGUUGUCGGCGAGUGCGUACGUGUGCCUGUAUCUGGGAGACAACCUAGUUGCCUUGCAGCAUGCUGAGAAGCUACUGGAGCAGACUAAGCUGUCUGGUGUACAAAGGUAUCUUGGGCACCUGUACGCAGCCGAAGCUCUAGUGAUGCUCGACUGCAUAUCUCACGCCAUCGAUCACCUGAGCUACGAGGUCAGCGACCUUUCGAUGAGGAUCGCCGAGGACUCGGGCAAGCAGGAGAGGGACGACAACGGAAACGGCACGAUGAACACUCUAGUGCAAGCGGAAUGGUUUCCUAGCACAGUGCCGGUGGCAUCCUUGGUUGUUCAGUACAACCUCUGUGUAGCAUACACCAUCCGCGGAGAGUUUGAAAAGGCGCAAGGAAUGCUCUGGAAGAUAGCGCCACUGUUCAAAUCAACAACAGGCCUCACUGACAUUCCGGCUCACCUGAUGGUGCUGGCGCUCUAUCUGCAACUGCAGCUCGGGCACACAGACAUGGCAAAGGCAAUCAUCAAGCAGAAUUUCCCUGGACUCCGGGCAUAAUGAGUGACCAGACAACUCGUGCUGCAUAUCGCUUAUGCCGGGAAUAUAAUCUAUGGUGAAUGUAGCUGUGUGCUGUCUGCUGGAAAAGACUUCAGAAUGCUGAAAUAGCCAACAGAGCGCCUGAAGCGUGUAGGGGGGUAGGAGACAAUUUUAACAGUGGCGAACAUUGCUGACAGCUUCAGUGUCAUCGUGAUCGUUACUUUUUUCUCAUGUGAAUCUUCAUCUUGCCAUAAUAGAAACAGCAUCGGUUGUGUUGGGAGUUUAUCGUUUCUUUCUCAUAUUGUUACUAAGUUACCUUUUGCAACGUUGGGAAAUUAAAUAGUGAAGGAAUUAAUUUUGAGGUAGGUGAUUUCACCUGGCUUUCAUUAAAUAUUAAAGGUAACGAAUAAUGUGGGAGAGUGAUUAAAUGUUGGCAAAUCCAAGAUGAUAGGUGUCAUGCAAAGAAUAAUUAAAUAUUUGCAGAAAUGUGGAAACUGCUUUACUUUUAAUAAUAUGUAAACAGCAUUUUUUAUAGUUGUUCGAAAGAAAGCAUUGUAUUUAACUCUAAACACAUUAAAAAUAUAUUGUGAAAUA